GGAUUUGCAAUGUUGCUGAAAUACUCAUUGACAAAGAUUCUACUGAAACUUUUAAAAAAAUUAAAGUUACUUUAUAUUCAAAGGGACCCUUACUUUCUGUCAAGUCUGCUGCUGCUAAAUUGGAAGAUAUUGAA